GGUGGCGGAGGAGGGGGCGGGGUUUAGUUCUGGCUCACGACGAAGAGAGGACGGGGGUCCCCGGUCCCCCGGGGCCUGGAAGGGGCUGGCUCAGGUUUGGUGUUCUGAGGUAUCUACAGGGCUUCAGAUAUUUACCAGACCAUCUACUGUUGGAGAACUAAAUCUACUAGUCAGAGUAUGAAGGGUACGCAUAUGCCAUGGGUCCUUCCUUAAAAGUCUUCAGAUGAAGAAAAUCCACAAGUGAACAGAUAGUGGUAGUUGAUUUCCUGGAGAACAGUGUUAUUGCACCUGUCUACAUGGGCAGAAGAGCUGAGUUGUCAACACACAGAGAAAAGCAUCAAGAUGCCCAUAGUGCAGGCCAGGGGUGGAUCAGUCCGUAAAGCAAAGAAAAUUACUGUAAAAACAUCUUUAAAUAACCCAUAUAUCAUCAAGUGGCAUACCCUAGAAAGAGAUGAUAUGCACUUUAUACUCCAGACCUUGGAAGAAAGCAUUAAACACAUUGGACUUAAAAAGAUUGAGACUCAAAGAAGGAAAAAGCGUUCUAUUGCAAAAAGGCAAAUUAAAGAAAAAUGUGAUGCUAGUGAUUUUAGUGUACUUCCAAAGGAGAAGGAAAUAGACCAUAUUCAACAAAAACAAGGAUGGACUGACUUAAAUGUCAGGAAACAGCUUGCUAUUGGAAUUAAUGAGGUUACUAGAUCUUUGGAAAAAAAUGAACUACUUCUAGUGCUGGUGUGUAAAUCUGCAAAACCUACUAUGAUCACCAUGCACCUUAUUCAGCUCAGUGCAAGUCGAGCGGUCCCCGCUGGGCAGGUUCCACGUCUUAGUGAAAGCAUAGCACCUAUGCUUGGCUUAACAUCUGUUCUAGCACUGGGUUUUAAAAAGAAUUCUGAUACUUUUACUGAAGUAGUCGAAGCUAUAAUACCACGGAUACCUAGCUUGAAUGUGCCCUGGAUUCAUCACAGAAGUGAGCAACAUAUGGCAGAGGCAUAUACUGAUCCUUUGGAAAUUCAAGAUACCGAGCUUAUGCAGACCUCAGUGGAGGAGUUCUCUCAAAGCCAUAAGUGGAAAUGUACUGAAAGCAAUAAGUCGGAUUCUUCAAAUGUAACUUUACAAGCUCUCAGAAUUAAAAAGCUUGUUCCAAAUCCAAAUAAGAUACGAAAACCUCCCAAAAAUAAAAAAGCUGCUUCAAAAUAACUUAGUUUAGUACAGAUCUUUACAGUGGGAGUAAAGUGAUUUUUAUGUAGUAUUGGAAACUGCCCCAUGUUACUAAGUUAGCUGCUUUUAAAUGUCAUGGCUUCAGAUGUAAAGUCAUUUGACCAAUAGAAGAUGAACUCAGACUUGUUUUGUUCUGACAUUAAAGCAUGCAAUCUAUAAAAUUGUGCAUAAGUGUUAA